AUGACGUUGAGCAAGACAAAAUUAUUAAGAACCUUCGCUUUUACAUUUUGUCUUCUCAUAACAUUGGUGAUAUUUACGACAUACCAAAUGUCAUUGCAAAGCAGUAUACGGACUAGCGCCUGGUAUAAUGCAACAUCGGCUAUAAUGCAAACCGAUUUAUUAAUAAAUGGCAUACCUAACCAAGCGGAAGACGUUAUGAAACUGCGUCAAGCAGAGUUGCCAAAUGUGCCUUUCGAUUUGUGGCACCGCUUGGAAGCGAUGCGCCUAAAUAACACAUGCGCCCACGCGCCGACGAUGAAGUGGCUGCGCUUUCACAACGACUACUGGCAGGUGUUUCAUAAUGCCAACUUCACUUAUCAUCUCUUCAAUGCGUAUUUCGAUGCGCGCGCGCAUAUCUCACAGUCCAGCGCAGUGGUGCGCGUGCUGGCCAUGUUGAAAGGCAUGGUACCACCGAAAAAUAAGAUUCACUGUCAGUUGUGGUAUGACAGUGACGAUAAGCCGACCAUUGUGCCCGUGGUAGAGCAACGGCUCGUGUGGCACAUUAAUUGGGGUGCCGUUGCUGAGUAUUUUCCACAUUUACUCACAUGCGGAGUACCGCCGGCAACGCGGAAAGCAGUCGCACCGCGCGCCGUCUCCUUGGUGAUGAAUAUUUGUGACAGGGCCUCGAAUAUACUGCGCGUACUAUACGAACGACCGGUCGGCAAUGAGACACAACACGGUUUCGCGAUUUGCAUGAAGGGUUUUGAUUAUCCUAAUGCGGAUAUGGGUCCACGUUUGGUUGAGUGGUUGGAAAUGCAGCGCCUGUUGGGCGCACGUAAGGUCAUCACCUACAAAUUGGUGCUGCAUCCGAAUUUGGAGCGUGUGCUGGAGCAUUACGUGGCGGAGGGUUUCGUCGAAGUGCAUCCGCUCAGUUUGGGUUUGGAGAUGGUGAGCAAACCGCUGUAUCUCCAUGAUUUUCUCCACGGGAGUAUUGGGAACAAGCGCGUAAACGAGCUGGUGCCUUACAAUGAUUGUUUCUAUCGGAAUAUGUACAAGUAUUCAUAUAUUGUGACUGUCGAUAUCGACGAGGUGAUCAUGCCGCUUGGCAAUCGCACCAACUGGCAACAGUUAAUCGACGAAGCGAAACAUUUGCGUACCUCUAACUGUGCUGAUGGCUAUGCGAGUGUUUGUAUACGCAAUGUGCAUUUCCCCACUGGUAGCCUAAACUAUACUGAGACGUCGGCAGCACCGCGACAUAUGUUCAUGUUGCAGCACCUGUAUCGCCGGGAACACGAAAUAGUUGGUAAUGGCGCUAAAUGCCUUCACAAUAGUAGCGAGGCGUUGAUUUUACACAAUCACUACAAUUUAGGCGCAUUGAAGAGUUGUCGUUGGAUAAACUUGAAGCCGACAACAGCGCAACUGCAGCACUAUCGUUUGCUGGAGAAGUCAGAAAAAUGGGAAACGAAGAUACUCGAUAAAAGCAUCUAUCGUUACAAGGACGCUUUGGUGAAUAGUGUGGAGACGGUGUUAAGAAAGCUGUCCUAUUUGUCCUAUUGGUGA